UCUUCUCUCUUCUCUUACACCAUCUUCUUCAUUCACCAUGGGAAGAUCUCCUUGUUGUGAAAAAGCUCACACAAACAAAGGAGCUUGGACUAAAGAAGAAGAUCAACGUCUCGUCGAUUAUAUUCGUAAUCACGGUGAAGGUUGUUGGCGUUCUCUUCCUAAAUCCGCUGGUUUGUUACGUUGUGGUAAAAGUUGUAGAUUGAGAUGGAUUAAUUACCUUCGUCCUGAUCUUAAACGUGGUAAUUUUACUGAUGAAGAAGAUCAAAUCAUCAUCAAACUCCAUAGCUUACUCGGCAACAAAUGGUCAUUGAUAGCUGGAAGAUUACCAGGAAGAACAGAUAAUGAAAUCAAGAAUUAUUGGAACACUCAUAUUAAAAGAAAGCUUCUUAGUCAUGGGAUUGAUCCACAAACUCAUCGUCCGAUUAACGGUUCCAAAACGGUGCCGUUUCAGACUGUUGUUCCUAUUCAAAACGACGCCGUUGAGUAUUCUUUUUCCAAUUUAGGCGUUAAACCGAAGACGGAAAAUUACUCCGAUAACGGAGCUUCGACUAGUGGUACGACGACGGAUGAGGAUCUCCGGCAGAAUGGGGAGUGUUAUAAUAGUGAUAAUUCAGGAAAAAUACAGCUGAAUUUGGAUUUAACUCUCGGGUUUGGAUCCGGGUCGGGUCGGGUUGUUGGAGCCGGGUCAUCGGCUGAUUCAAAGCCGUGGCGGGAUCAGCUAAUGGCGGCGCGUUUGUCACUGUUGUAAUAAUUUUGGCAAAAAUUCCCC